UAAGAUUUGAAUACAAUAUUCCGUACUCGAUUGUUCCUUAUCAGUAUCAAUUAACUCAGCAAUUAAUAAGGUAUAAGGAGAUCAUAAUCGAUCUUCUCUUCGAACUAGUUAACUCUACAGCCCAUCUAUUGUUUCAAUGUUUUAAUAAAAACAACAAUGUUUUACUGAUCGUCACGGCAUUUCUCAGAUGUAUCUCUUAUCAGUUUUUAAAAAACAAAACUAGUUCGAUAUUCAGUUACGUUCAGUCAAUCAAAUAGACAGCAUGAAAGCAAUAAUCUUGUCAUUUAUUUUAUUCGUCGCAUUCUCAGAAGCAAUGGUUCCAGGAAGACGAUGUGGAGCAUUAGUUGAGUCAAAAUGUCCAACUCGUCAGGAAUGUCCUUUAAAGAAACCAAUUUGUCCAGCAAAGACUGUACUUGAUUCAAAUGAAGAUGGCUGUUGCUGUAAACCUUCCUGCAAAGGUCAGAAUGAAGAAUUUGGCUGUGGAUGUGCUGACAAAGUCUGCAAUGAGCCUCAAAUUAUGUGCAUUCAAUGCCUAGAUGGAUGCUUCUGUAAACUUGGAUUUGUUCGUGAUCGACAAAAUGGAAAAUGUAUCCCUGAAAAGCAAUGUCCAGCUCCUUAAUUCUAUUUUAAAUUUUCAAUAAACUUUUAUCUGUAUACUCUAAGGUUUAAAAGUUGAUUAUUUCGAUACUUUUGUGCGCAAAAAAUAACAACUCUGUUUGUACAACUGAACUAUUUCAUCGGUAUGUCAGGGAUAUCAAUUGAUAAAAAACAGCAUGUUUUAAUAAUAAUUAUUGUCUCAGAAAAUGACUCAUUUAAUUCCAUAAAAUAAACAAUCCUCGUUUUUUCAAUAAUUAUGAAACAACUUAACUUUAUUAAUCUACAGAAUAACAUUAAAUAUCACUUUUUUACUGGCAGUUUUUGUUGCUUUUUCUUCUUCUUGCUUUUCCCUUCCUCUGUAAGCCACUCUCUUGGAACCUCAGCAGUUAUGUCAGAAUUAAUGGGUCGUAUUGGCACUGUCGAGAUGACAUUCUUUGGAUUUGUUCCGACAAUGAAUUUCUCCAACUCAUCGUAGCUUGAAUGUUCUGAAUAUUGGCAAUUAAUAAGAGAAAUGCGGCCACUUGUGUACUUAUUAUUCACCCAUCCAGUGGCUGAUAUUCCCAAUAGAGUAUUAAAUGAGUCCUGAUUUUCACUGAGAAAGUCUCUUAGACUAAUAUAAGUAAUUUGUAGCAUGUUAACAAUACGGAUUUCUGCUUCCUGUUCAUUCAACGUGACAUACUUUUUAUAGAACUUAAAAUGUGAUACUGAUGCUGUACAUAUUUCUUUAAAUGCUUUGAAUCUCUCCUUUUCGAGAUAUACUUUAAAAUUGAACUUUUCAGCAAUUGCCAUCCACACCUUUUCCUUGCCAAUGAGAUAAGCACCAACAAGGAUGAUAAACUUUUCACCAAUAAAGUCUUCAAGAUAUUUUUGUACACUAUGCAGCACAAAGUCAAUAGACUCUUUUUGUGAUGGCAUUCGUCUCUUACUAUGUAAAUAAGUUGUGUCUAAAUAAAUAAGAUCUAGUGUUGGACAUUCAAAUUGAUGCAACUUUUCAAUCAUCUCGUCAUUCGCUCUAAAAUCGCCAGUAUGCAGCACAUUACGUCCAUCAGGAAAUUUAAACAAGAACAAGAGUCCACCGGGACAAUGAUUUGCAUCUAACGGAAUUAUACACACAUUUUCAACAUAAAACGGCACAUCCACAUAAACUAUAUUGAGGUAUUCUUCAGCAACGCCAAUAAACUGUCUAACUAGCUUUGCUGUUAUUUCUGAGAGAUAAAUUGUAUGGCAGAACUUCUUCUUAAGUCCAAUAUAAUGAUCAGCAUGAAAAUGAGUGAGGAAAUAAUGCUCAACACCCGAGAUCUCGCCGUACCUAAAUGCAUCCACAGCAAAUAGUGAACCUUCAAUGAUUUUAUAAUUUGGACAUAUCGCCUUCUUUCUUUUUGAGGGUUUCUUGUUUUCAGUAUUUUGUUCCUCAUCAUCACUUGCGUCACUCAUUACAGCCACUAGUGAUCUGUCCAUAUUAAUACUCUGCUUGGCAUAAUCCUGAUUUGCAAAGAUUUUAUUGACUAUUUCAUCGAAUAUUCUGCUUGGAUCUAUUUGAUUCUGAAAGUUGUCAGUUAUACAUUCUAACUUGAUAUUUGGUGCUGGCUGGAUCUGUGAAUCAGAUAGGAUUCUAUCCUCUUCUUCUAAUUUGACUUCAAGAAGUUGUGUCAUCGAUAGAUUUACUUCCUUUUGAACAGGACGUGACGACUUUUGGAAUGUUUUGAAAUAAGUUUGUCCAUUUGUUUGCUUAAAGUAAUUUUUAAUCGUUGCUUGCUUCCUGUCUUUCCUUAAUGUCUGCAAUUUCUUCUUCUUCUCCUUUACCUUGAUCUUUUCCUCGUCAGAUGAUAUCUCUAUUACUAGCUGCUCCAUUUAGACUGUAUCAUUAUUUAAUUAUUUUUUCAGAAUAUUAUGAAAUUUUUUGUUUACAUCUUUG